AUGGGGGGAGGGCAAGAGGCGGACAGGGAGGCAGCAGAGGAGGCAGAGAGUGAGCAGGGAGGAAAUGCGAUGGUGGGAGGGCAAGAGGCUGACAGGGAGACAGCAGAGGAGGCAGAGGGUGAGGAGGGAGGGAAUGCGAUGGUGGGAGGGGAAGAGGUGGACUGGUGGGAGGAGGAGGAAGAGAGUAGUGGUGGUGAGGAUUGGGAUGUUUGGCAUGAGUAUGGCAUGGACAGUGACGAUGACAGGGACGAUGGGGGAGGCUGGGUGGUGAGUGAUGACGAGGAGGAAUAG